AUGGCAGCCACUAAGCGUGUGGUGGGGUACUAUGCUGACUGGACUGUUUACCGGAAUUUCACCCCUACAGAUCUGGAUGCAGGGCUAUUCACACACAUUAACUACGCCUUCGCGGAUAUUAAUCCCAACGGAACAGUCUACCUCUUUGAUCCUUGGGCCGCCACCCAGAUGAAGUUUCCGGGUGACCUAAAAUCGGAAUCAGGCGACAAUAUCUACGGCUGUGUGAAGCAGCUAUUCCUUGUCAAGAAAAAGUACCGGAAUCUAAAGCUAAUGCUGUCUAUCGGUGGGUAUUCCCUGUCGGGAAACUUUACUACUCCAACUAGCACGAGACAGGGAAGAAAGGAGUUUGCCGCCUCCGCGGUGAAACUGGUGCAGGAUCUAGGGUUUGAUGGCAUCGAUAUUGAUUGGGAGUAUCCGACGGAGAAUACGCAGCCCGAUGACAUGGUGCAGCUCCUCGCGGAGACCCGGUCGGCUCUGGACACUUACAGUAAGAAGCACGCUCAAAACAAGCACUUCGAGCUGACUGUUGCCUCCCCAGCAGGUCCCUCCCGCUACGCGAAAAUGAAAUUGCACGAGAUGGACCCGUACCUUGACUUCUGGAACCUCAUGGCAUACGACUAUUCAGGCUCAUGGGAUCAAAUUGCUCGGCAUCAGGCCAAUAUCUACCCCUCCAUUUGCGAUCCCAAUGCCACCCAGUACGACACUGACAGCGCCAUUAAUGGCCAGACCGACGCCGUCCCCUACAAGGAUCUGCCUGUCAGUGGAAACAAUGUCUACAAUCUUCAGCAGCCGGUGGCUAGUUACCUGUACAAUAUCACGAGUGGCUCCUUGUUCAGUUAUGACACCCCAGAAAUUAUCAGCAUGAAAGCCCGGUACAUCAUGCAGGAGAGACUCGGCGGCGCCAUGUUCUGGGAAGCAAGUGGUGACCGAAAGGGUCCCGGCAGUUUGGUGCGCAAUACAGUGAACGGUUUUGGUGGUAUAAGUAGCCUGGUCCAAAGUGAAAAUAUGCUUAACUACCCUGCCUCUAAGUAUAACAAUGUCAAACAGCAGUUCCGGUAG